CAAAUAUUAAUAAAAGCCCUAAAAACAUAGAGAAAAAUAAUAAAAAAAAGUUUUAAUUGAAAAAUAAUUAAAAAAAUUUUGCUGAAAAAAAAAUUUUAAUUAGAAACACAUCAAAAAAUUUCGAAACCAAAAAUUCCAAUUAUUAAUAAAAAUUCCUAAAACAUGUCUCCGCUACGACACCAAGGCGUCGGCCAAAUGUGCGCGCCAACAUUAGUGAAAGCAAUUAAAGAUGUUCGUGCUGAUGUGGCAACAACACAAUACACAUGGUCGCUAAUGGCCGUUUUCGUCAUAAUUAUUAGCAGUUGUUGUUGUUGUAGCAGCGUAGCGGCAGCUGCCAGUGGUGCUGCAGCGGAUACGAGAUAUCAUUGUGCCUUCAUCGAUACCAUUAAUGUGACGGGUAUAGCCUGGGCGUAUGAGCAACCUAAUGUGACGGCGGGGUUGAAUAACACAGGCAACAACAACAACAACAAUGACAACACAAAUAACAAAAAUGACAUUGUUAGUAGUAAUAACGGCAGUGCCAGCAGCAACCAAAACUUUACCGAUAACAACAACAAUAUCAGCGAUAGCAGCAACAACAACAACAACGUUAAUGGCAGCAAAAACAGUAGUGACACAGAUAUCCAUAACAACAACAAUGGAAGCGAUAUAAAUAUCAAUAACAACAACAACAUCACAAACGACAAGAACAACGACGACAAUAGCAACAACGACAAUGCUGCCUUACUAAAAAGUCUCGGCAUCACUCACAUACCACCCGAGCUAGUUGCCGCCUACACUUUCAUCAUCAAAGAUGGCAUACGCGUGCCGGUGGAGCGCCACAUGCGCGCUUGCAUUUGUAAGCUGAAACCCUGUAUUCGCUUCUGUUGCGCCGAGGGUCACUACUAUGAUACGCUGAGUAAAUCAUGCGUUUCCAUUGCAAGCGUAAUCGAUACUGAUGUGGUAAAUGCCACACAGCAGCAGCAGCAACAACAACAGCAACCACAUAGUCUCGUGUUCGCGCUGACGGGCAUGGAUCAUCACGAGGUGGCGGUGCGGCACAGCAACGGCAGCACACGCUUAGUGCGGACCGCGCAUCAUUUCAAUGUAAAUAUUGGUGUGCCGUGCGCGCGAAUGCGUUACGUUCACCGUGACAAUCAACUGGUGCAUUGGACGUUAUUCGAGAAUGGUUCCAUUGCCCAUCGAAAUUACUUAUUUUCGAACUAUUAUUGUUAUACACCGCAUCAAUUGGACAAUGUUACAUGGGAGUGGCAACCAUUGGCUUGUGUACCCAAAAAAUUGCCCUUCGUUCUGACAACCAAAGAGUGGACCUAUGCAAUUUGUUUAAUACUGACUGUCAUCUGCAUGUUUAUCAUCCUCUUCAUCUAUCUAUUCGCCAGCAAUCUGCGCAACACAUUCUACGGCGUUGCCAUCAAGGUCUACACGCUGUGCAUUAUCUUCGGUUAUUCGAUAAUGGCGCAUCUGACGCUCACCGAUCCUGCAGAGUUUAUGCCGUGGACUUGCAUCAAUUUGCCCGCCUGUGUGAUCAUUUACUUGGUGUUAUCCUUCUAUAUACUGAGCUUGAUCAGUUUCAACUUUUAUAUGCAUUUCCAUGAUAUUAUCAUGUCGCGUCUAAUGUUUUGGGUUAUAUUCUUUCCGAUCGCCCUUUUGACGGUCGGUUGGUCGAUAUUCGCGGCAAACAAUGACUACGAUGGAAAGGCUAUAUUUGGCGGCGGCGACACCUGUUGGUUCGAUCCUCGCAACUGGUCCAUCAUGGUCUACUAUUAUGCGCCCAUUUUCAUCGCUUGUGUUAUCUGCAUAUUUUUCUAUAUACUAACCUUGAUCCAUAUCAGUGAAGGACAGGACUAUAAUUUUCGUAAGGCUGCGGAAACACUCGACGAGAAUCGCUUUAAAUCGUUCUUUAAGUUCUUCAGCUAUACCUUCAUCGUCUUUUUGGCCUGUGUCACAUCGUUCGCCAUCAAUUACUAUCGCGAAGAUCCCACGCACAUCAACUAUGCCGUCUGUUUGUUCAUCAUUUUUCAUGGCUUCGGCGCAUUGUACGCUUUGAUUGGACAAAAUCAGGAGGUUCAAAACUUUUUGCGACGCAUCGAGGAUGAUGUCAGCAGCGAUGACGAUGAGAUGACGGACAGCGCCGUGCCCAUGUCGGGCUUCUAAGCAUUUCGGUUCAACUCGGAUUGGACAACUGAUCAUUAUAGUUUUUGUUAUUGUUUGAGUGUAAAUAAGUUGUUUUCAGUCGUGUAUGUACAAAAUAUAUAUUGUAAUCUAUAACUGUACUUGUAUUUAUAUAUAUAAUAAUAAAGCGUAUAGUUCUUAUGCCGUUAUUAUAAACAUA